CCCCGCCCACAGGGCGGCCAUGAGAGGCGGUUCCUCCUUGCCCGCGGAAGUGACGGGGCAGAGGGGCCGCCAUGAAGCCGGCGGUGGACGAGAUGUUUCCCGAGGGAGCCGGGCCGUACGUGGAUCUGGACGAGGCAGGGGGAAGCACGGGGCUGCUGAUGGACCUGGCCGCCAACGAGAAAGCUGUGCACGCCGACUUCUUCAAUGAUUUUGAAGAUCUCUUCGAUGAUGAUGACAUCCAGUGAACUUGGUUGUCCAGCUAUGCAGUGCUGAGAUGUGGAUUUUUCUCUAGGAUCACCUGUGGUGUCCAUUAUUUAUUAAAGUAAUUGAAAUGGGAAAAUCACAAGGCGGGGGGGGAAACCUGUAUAAGCUGCUCGGGGAAUAUGAAAACCAGAUGGUUAAAGAUAACUAAGGAGGGAAUUGUGGAAUGUUAUUUCUAGGAAACUGUGCGUAGAUUUCUCUGGAAAUUUUAUUUGCUGAUGUGUUUAUUGAAUAAAAUACUAAAAAAAACUCUCCUUCACUCUGGGUUAUACUUUGAAAGUAGA